CUACACCCUUUUACUGCGCUGCGCACGCCCACAGCCUGCAGCUAGCUUGCGACGCGACACAUGACGACGACGCGCCCCGCCGCUACGACCGAGGAAGAGGAGGAUGCCUCCGCAGCGGCCAAUGCCGCGCCACCGGACGCAGACGAUCGGGAGCAGCAGCACAAGGCGCGACCGAUGAAGAAGAAGAAGAAGAAGAAGCGGCGGAGGGCGCCGAGCGAGGAGGAGCUGGCCGCGCUGAGGUCCGUGCUCCGCUGGGCCCGCCGCGGCGAGGCGGGCGGCGACGACGAGGCGGGCUGCGGGCACCCGUUGCCGGCGGGGAGGCGGCGGCCGCGCGUGGCCGUGGAGCUGCAUGCGCACUCGGCGCGCAGCGACGGCUCGCUCUCGCCCGCGGCGCUCGUGGAGCGCGCGCACCGCAAUGAGGUGAAAGUGCUCGCACUGACUGAUCAUGACACCAUGGCGGGUGUCGCAGAGGCGAUGGAGACUGCAAAGAAAUUUUCCAUCAGGAUCAUCCCUGCUGUUGAGAUAAGCGCCGUUUAUUCGCCUAGUAAUGGAUCAGGAGCCAACGAACCUGUUCAUGUUCUUGCAUACUACGGUAGUUUGGGGCCUGCUAAAUCUCAGGAACUGGAGAAGGUUCUAUCUAGCAUCAGGGAGGGCCGCUAUACACGUGCGAAGGAGAUGCUAUCGAAACUUAGGAACCUCGGCAUGCCAUUGAACUUUGAAGAUGUGUCUAAUAUAGCAGGGAAUGGAGUGGCUCCAGGGCGGGUGCACGUGGCGCGUGCAAUGGUUGCAGCUGGAUAUGUUGAUAAUCUUAGGCAAGCUUUCAGCAGGUACUUGUACGAUGGAGGGCCUGCUUAUGCUACUGGUAGUGAGCCAGCUGCGGAAUCUGUUGUGCAGCUAAUAUGCAGAACUGGGGGCAUCGCUGUUUUGGCUCAUCCGUGGGCGUUGAAAAAUCAUGUUCCCGUGAUAAAGGAUUUGAAGGCUGCUGGUCUGCACGCUAUUGAGGUCUAUCGAAGCGAUGGGAAACUAUCCGGAUUGAGUGAUCUGGCCGAUACUUAUGAGCUUCUGAAGCUCGGUGGAUCAGAUUACCAUGGACGAGAUGACAAGGAAGAAUCUGAUAUAGGAAGUGUUGAUCUUCCCGUCUUGGCACUUUUCAGAUUUCUUGAGGUAGCUCAACCAAUAUGGUGCAAUGCUAUGAAGGAAAAUUUUGCAACCACCACUGAAAGAAAAGGAUGUCAACGGGCUAGCUCUGUAGAUGAUUUAUGUAAUAUGUGCCUUUCUUCCUCAGAACUGGAGGAAACAGAUGAUUCUGAGGUUGAGGUCCUCCGGACGGAAUUUGCAGACAUUAUCCUCAAGAGCAUAAGCUGCAAGACGCUUAUUGAACAACGAGCAGAAAUAACCUCUUUUCUCCACUGACAGAGUCUGGUCUGUGCAAUUUUAGGUAUUGACUUAGAGGACAUGAUCUGGGCUGGACUUCAGUCUAUUCAUAUUCCGGAAAAAUGGAAAUUGUCCAGUGGGUGUGUGGUGGUGUUUUAUAUGAUCGAUUUCGAUUGACUGGAUUGCGGAAGUAAUAUGGUAAGAUCCGUAAAUUAACUAUCAACCUUUCUGUAGAUUUCUUGUAUCCUUUUGCUUAAUUAGUUCCAUUUUAUGAAAA